CAAUGGACGCCCCCACCAAGAAUGAAAACAAAACGUGCAGCCGGGCGAAGCAAUGCCGCCAAAGUCGAGCAGCAAGAAAAACCAGGCCAGUUGGUACCACUGCGAGUCCUGCGGCGUCCACAUUCCCUCCAAGGCGAGGGAUAGCCAUGAGGGUUCCUGCUCCACCAUCAGCCAGGACGAGGUGGCUCCCGAUUCAGAGGCGGAAUACGUGCGCAGUGGGGCGAUCUAUACGAGAAGCCUCCAGCAGCGGAACUUCGAGGUGGAUUCUUUGAAGGAUUUAGCUGCCAAGUAUGCAAACAUGCUGAUCUUCGCCUCCGAGGGAGCAAUGCAAUUAGCCCAGUUCCACAUUGGCCAACAUGUGGUGGUGGAAGCUCCUUCGACUGCGGAGCAGCCACUGGUGAGGAUUUUAUGGCCCAUAUCAGAGCAAUUCCUGACCACAGUAUUUGUGAGCGAAGGGGACUUCAAACACCAUUGCACGCAGCUGCGGGGAAAGUUCCUGAAGAUCUCUGCUUUGGACCCCUGUCGCCUCACAGCGGCUGCCAGCAUUUCCCUAAAACAUCUGAACCCCACAGAGAGCCCUCUAAAAUCCGGGCAGCUCCAGGAUGCAAUAGCCCUUCUUAAAAGAGACAUGGUGAAUAGGGUAUUCUGCAAGGACAGUCAAAUCCACAUGAACUUCUUCAACAAAUCGCUUACUUUUCGCCUGGAGCGGUGGCAGGGCACCGUUGAAGACGCUCUAGCUGGUCUCAGUUUGGACUCCAAGCCAUUGCAAUUUGUGCAGGUUACCAACGUCACAAAACUCCAGUUAAUAGCUGAAAAUUCAGGCCAGCAGCAGGAGGAGCAAAAGAUUAGCCAUCGGAUAACCAAAUCCCAAAUAGGAGGACUUGAUAGGCAAUUGCAGAUGGUCGAGGAGAGCAUGGACUACGCCUUGGGAUUCCGGGCAUUGCCUGCAAGCCUCCGGGUAUCUCGCGGAUUUCUCCUUUACGGCGCCACUGGCUGCGGAAAGUCAAUGGUUUUAGAAGCGAUGUCUGCAGUGGCAGAAGAGCGCAGCCAAGGACAUGUCCAACUGAUCCGCAUCAACAGUGGCGAAGUCUACAGCAAAUUCUUGGGCGAAACGGAACAAAAGCUGGCGGCCAUUUUCGAGCGUGCCUACAAUCACUUCCCGCACCCAACUCUGGUGCUGAUUGAGGAUGUCCACAACUUGUGUCCCAAGCAGGACGGCAGCGAUCUAGUCAAGCGCGUCUCGUUGGCUUUUCUUUCUCUGUUGGAUCAGUUGAGCUCGCCCAGUCAGCUAAAGGGAAGCAAGACCUUCGUGCUAGCCACCAGUUCCCAGAUUGAGGCUCUUCAUCCAAGCAUUCGGAGAGCUGGUCGAUUGGACAGUGAAAUUGAGUUAGGUGCUCCCAGUUCACAGGCAAGGAGAGACAUUAUAAGGUGCCUAAUACAAUCGUUGGAGCACCAGUUGACUGAAGAGGAAGUCGAGCAUGUAUCAUCUAUUAGCCAUGGAUACGUGGGAGCAGACUUAGCAAAUCUUGUCUACGCUGCCAUGCUACAAGCGCAGUCGAAUCCCCUCAAGUUAAUGCAUUUACAGACUGCCCUGACUCGCAUCAAGCCGUCGGCAAUGCGUGAAGUCCUUAUAGAGUGUCCCAAUGUUCAGUGGUCAGACAUUGGCGGUCAGUCGGAACUCCGAUUGGCAAUGCAGCAGGCCAUAGAGUGGCCUCUGCUUCAUGCUGAGAAGUUCCAACGGCUGGGCAUUAAACCCCCCAGGGGAAUCCUCAUGUUUGGACCACCGGGCUGUUCCAAAACGAUGAUUGCCAAGGCCCUGGCCACGGAAAGCAAGCUGAACUUCCUGUCCAUCAAAGGACCUGAGCUUUUCUCCAUGUGGGUGGGCGAAUCGGAGCGAGCGGUGCGUGAGGUCUUCCGAAAGGCUCGCCAGGUGGCCCCCGCCAUAGUUUUCUUUGACGAAAUCGACGCUAUUGGUGGAGAGCGAGCAGAGGGCGAUGGUUGCGGCUCCGGCUCAUCUGUAAAGGAGCGCGUUCUCACCCAACUGCUCACCGAAUUGGAUGGCGUGGAGGCCCUGCAAAACGUCACCAUUUUGGCGGCCACCAAUCGACCGGAUAUGAUUGAUAAGGCGCUACUCCGUCCGGGAAGAAUCGAUCGUAUUCUUUAUGUGGGCUUGCCACAGAGUGAAGCACGUCGGGAAAUUUUAAAGAUCAAACUGCGUGCCAUGCCGAUAUCGGAGGAAGUGGACAUGGAGAAGCUGGUGCAGAUGACGGAGGGAUAUUCUGGAGCAGAAAUCCAAGCUGUGUGCCAUGAGGCUGCUCUGCGGGCCCUGGAGCAAAGCUUUGAUGCAGAGGAGGUGAAGUGGGUAGACUUUGAACACGCAUUAGAAUCAGUGCCUCCACGGACCAGCCCAGAACUUCUAAAACUCUAUGAAGAUUACCUUAAACGGAAGUAGGGCUGGGACAAAUGAAAUUGAUGAUUAUAUCUCGGGGAAAAUCCAUAUUUUGACGCCACUGUUAUCAUUAAAGCUAAUCGUUCAAUUGUACAUAAAUUUACAUGAAUAAUAUCUUAAACUGAAUCGGGAAGAUUUUUAUGAGAAAUGGGAAACAGCAUAAGCUUAACACCAAGCAAAAAUAAAUUUAAGAUAUUCUUCUUCUAUAAA